AUGGCUCGGGAUCAACUACACGCAGCUGAUCAUGGUCGACUAUCCUCCCGCACCCUUCCCGAGAGCAAAGGCAAGAAGAUCACCCGACUUUCGACACCUCUGCUCCCUUUGCUGCAAAACGAAACGAACAUGGUUGCCGACUUUGCCGGCAUGACGGCGUCGAUGUUGACGGCGGAAAAGCUUGUUGAGCACGCGAACCUCCGCUGCCGAUCCACCGACGACGGAUCAUGGCGCACUAGCUUAUAA